AUGGAUGAUGAGGUGCUAUCAGUCACUAGCAGCCGCUUGCUGUUUACGGUCAUCGCAAUGGCAAACGACCCUGUUUUUUCUCUUUGUAUGGAUAUGCAAGAGAGCCAUGAGGAUGUGAUGGAUGAGGUGUUAGAAGUUAUUGGUCCUGUCAUUUCAAGAAACACCUCAAUCAAUGAUGUUGUACAAGAAACCUAUGUUUGUCAGGUACUCGGUGCUCUCCAGACCUAUGUCUAUGUCACAGGCUUUGGAGCAAAGAACCUUAUAAACACAUUGAAGCCACUCUCUGAAUUGCAUUUUCUACCUGAUAUGCCCGAUUUAGAUAUUGCCAACAGGGACAGUUUAGUCAUUUGUGGUUUCACCUUGGCCAAGACAGAUCUCCAAUUACUAGAAAAGAACUCCUGUCUGAAUGACCAGGUAAUACAUGCAUACUUGGAGGUCCUGCAGAAAGACUUCAAUGAGCAGUCUCACCAGCAUGUCACCUUUCUGCCCUGCCACAAAGCCAGACUUUGGGAUAAUCAUCAGUAUAAUGAGUGGCUUUAUCCUAAUAUUCCUUUCGCCGACUUUUAUGGAUACUAA